GGGAUAUAAAGUACUGUGUAGAUACAUGGCACUGUGUGGAUACAAGGCAUUGUGUAGAUACAAGGUGCUGUGUGGGUAUCUUUUACCCAACAUUUGAGAACCUCCAGCAGUACUGAAUGUUUCUUAAACAUUCGCAUCAUUGGCUAAGAUCUAGACUAGAGUUUCUUAAAGUUUUGUAUCGCGGUUUAUCCCAAGAUGUGACCCACAACAGUUGACUAAUGCCUAAGUACCUAUUUACAACUAGGUGAACAGUUACAAGACGAUUGAUACCCAGGUUAAUAUUUUACUACCAGGUGAGCAGGAGCAGAAGGGUUAACAAGAUUUACUCGUAUAUCUCGCCCAGACAGGGAAUUAAGCCAGGAAUAUUUCCGUUGCGUGCUGUACGCUUAGACCUUAAAGGUCACUUUUUCGAUUCUUGGGCCUGGUGAAACGUAUGGGUAAGUCUCCUGCAUGAAGUGUGAGGGAGGUGAGCACCAUGACAGUAGUGUUGGCACUGCACUGCUAACUACGUACUCAUGGUUUUAGUGUUAGGGCGGGUCCUGAAACAGCAGCUGUGACAAGGGUGUAGCAUUGGGGCAUCAGGGGAAGGCCCACAGGACAUCGGGGGGGUGGGGUGCCUCGGGCAUCAGGGUGGCCCUCGUGCUCAAAAUAGGUGUGGGUGAGGCAGCACGUGGCACAGGGCGGGUGUGCCAACCACCGGCCGUCGCCACCAGUGCCACUACCACCUCGCCAGGAACAAGUGGCACCACUCACGUGUGUCUAAAGACCUUCUAGGUGCAGUGUAGUUCAUUGUCACGGUGAUUUAUGUUCCACAACGUUCAACAACUGUUGUGUUUACCAGGUUGUGUUCGAAGAAGAUAUGGGCGAAGCCAGGGUGGUCUACAGCAGUGUGGAGGGCUCGUUGCCCUCUUUGUCAACAGCAUCUGUUGAAGCCGGGGCCGUCUACAGAAAUAUUGAGGUUCCUACUUUGUCGCAAACCCAGGGCGAAGCCAGGAUUGUUUACAGCAAUGUGCAAGGAACUGUACCUACCUUUGUCUCCAGCGCCUGGAGAAGCCAGAAUCAUCUACAGGAGUGCUGAAGUACCUCCUUUGUCGCCAGCGAUUGGCGGAGCUGGUGAUGUAUACAGCAAUGCUGAAGGUUCCACCACCCCGAUGUCUCCAUCACAAGGUGAGACCCCAUGGCCGCCGUCUCCAGCUGGACCACACGACUCUCUCACUCUUCUAGCUGACAUCGCUCUGGAGUGUGCAGACAAGCCAUGGUUGGUAGCUUUGCGUCCUGAAGACCUGCCCGCUCGCUACAACACACCCACGCUUGUGAGCACGCCCACACCUGCGACGACGCCCACUCCGCAGAGAGAAAGCAGUACCCCUGUACUGGAACUAGAUGCCCACACCACCAUCAUUACCGUAGCGCCACACUACGACCAGCCACUCAACCUCAGCACUAGUCCACCACGUACACCAGCACCCACCCCGCCCGCAUCCCACUCUCCCACCACACCUUCCCCACCUGUACGAGACGCCCACGUCUGCCCUGAGUGCGGACGGACCUACUCCACGUCUUCUAACCUCGCAAGACACAGACAGACGCAUCGAUCCCCGGACGACAAGAGGGUGGCGCGCAAGUGUCCAUAUUGCGAUAAAGUGUAUGUGAGCACCCCAGCCUUCAGUCAGCACAUGCGCACUCACAACCAGGGCUGCAAGUGCCACACCUGCGGCAAGUGUUUCUCACGACCGUGGCUCCUCCAAGGACACAUCAGGACCCACACAGGUGAGAAGCCGUUCAGGUGUAGCAUGUGUGGUAAGGCCUUUGCUGACAAGUCCAACCUGCGGGCUCACGUCCAGACGCACUCCAGCAUCAAGCCCUACGCCUGUACCCGCUGUGGCAAGUCCUUCGCUCUCAAAUCCUACCUCUAUAAGCACGAGGAGUCCUCUUCUUGCAUGAAGCUCCACCGAGCCCUGAGUAGAAGUGGCAUGACCCCCCAUCCUGGGACUCUGUUGUAGGACCUAUUACAGGGGCACACGCUGAUCUACCAGCCUCCACCUCGGCCAUCACUACUACACUCCGCCAUGCGUCGCCUAGCGGGUUCGGGAGUCGUGUUGGAGGGCGACCGUUGCAUACAGUUACUAUCCUUCGAUCAGCUCCACAUGUUUCAACUGCGCGUGCCCACUGACGCCUAAACAUACCAAGUGUCCACUAACUACUUGAAAUACACAACAAAUGUUCACAGACACCUUUAAGUACACAACCAAUGACCACGAACGCUUUGGGAAACACUGAACACCUUCAAUGCCUAGCAACGCCUGCAUAUGUUCACUGACACUUUCUCGUGCAUGGCAAAUUUCCAGUGCCACCAAACACAGCAAAUGGUCACUGACGUUUCUAAGUACAUUACAACUGUCAACCAUGCCUUCAUGUAUACUGCAAAUGCCCUGUAACAUCAUUCAAUAUUGUAAAUGUCCCGUGACAGAUACAAUUACACUGCAAAAGCCCACUAACACUCGUGAACACUAUUUCGCUCCACACAACCUUCACUCUUCUUAUCAACAUGGUACAACAUACUUCCACAAGAGAACACUAGGAAGAUCUGUGGCAGUGAGAGAACUUUAUAAUUGACCAAUAAACUAGUCAAAGAAUGAAGCAGUGAUGACUAUGUUAGGGUGUGCCAAGUGGGGGAUGCCAGGCAAGACUCAUUACAGUUUUUAUAGCUUACACUAAUGACUGUCAGAUACAGAGUAUCAGUACUAAUGAUUAUCAGGUCUAGAAUUUAUAACUAUCAGGUCUAAAACUUUAUAUUACUAACUAAUUUUGAACCUUUAUAAUAGUGAUUGUCAGGUCUUGAGCAUUUAUAUAUGUGUAGAACUUUUAUACUAGUGGCUAUUAGGUGUAGAGCUUUUAUAGUACUAUCAGGUGCAGAACACCUAUAUUUGUAACUAUCAGGUGUAGAACCUCUAUAUGUGACUCCGUUGAAAGGUCUUGCUACUGGUGUUGGGAAAGGUGUAGACGACCCACCUGUUCUCUUACUCCUAAUCAAAACAGUUUUUUGGAUUUUAUAUGUACACGCCCGAGUCACCUGAUAGGUACCAGGGAAAUGUAGUGGGCGAUGGUAGCUGACAGCGAGUGAAGGGAUUGUCGUGGAUGAUGGUAGGUGACGGUGAGUGAGGGGAGUGUCGUAAAUUAUGGCAGGUAACAGUGAGGGAAAUGUUGGGGAUGGUGGUAGGUAGCUGAGCGAGGAUUGAAUUCAGGUGAUGUGUGAUUUCAGCUGAAAGGAGAAAUGUGACUGGGUAAUUAGUCUUGGAUAAUAACAUUAUUAUUAUUAUUAUAUUAUUAUUAUUAUUAUAUUAUUAUUAUUAUUAUUAUUAUUAUUAUUAUUAUUUUUUAUAUUUUUAUUAUUAUUUUAUUCAUGAGAAGUGCUGAAAUCGAAAGGAAUAUAGAACGCCUGGGAGGA